AUGUACGAGGAGACUCGUCAUCAAGACGGCCACCACCAGGAUCAAGAAGACCACCACCAUCAACCACAUCAGAACCAGAAAAACGAGGAGACUCGUCAUCAAGACGGCCACCACCAGGAUCAAGAAGACCACCACCAUCAACCACAUCAGAACCAGAAAAACGCAAUAACAAACAGAAAGACCCAGUUAAUCAGGAAGACUUGGACCUCAAUAUCAUCAAACGGAUUUUGGAAGAGUAUGUGGAUGAAAGAGACAACUAGAAAUGAAUUUCACUUGAGUUUCGCCAGAAAUGCUGAGAUCAUGUUUAUUUCUCUUUGA